AUGCCAGGGGUAAUCUUUGAAUUUACAAGAUACCUUACGGGCUUCAUGGCCUUCCUCAGUUUGAUCCUACCAUAUUACUUCGAUUUUACCAAGUUAAACCCCUUCGUACUCAGGCCAAUACUUAACAUCGCAUGGGCAUUCAUAUUUGGAAGCCAUAUCUGGUAUCUAAUUUUUUCGUCGGAUGAUUUGUUUCUCCCAGAUGGUGACGAAGGGUACUAUUUUGGAAGGAAAAAAGAUCAACCGUUCACAGAAGGUUAUGAAGAAUGUAAUAAGUUCCUUACUUGCACACUCUUUUCCAAUGCACUUAUCGUAUGCGCAACACGUGGGCUGGCACCCUAUUACAAAAACGUGCAAUAUUGCAGUGUCGCAUCUUUGUUCGCAACAUCAAUCAACGUCUUCUUAGUGCCGAGGGCUACAGAAGCAAACACACAAAACUUUCCAUUCAACCAUGUUGCACCUGCAACAUGUUCUAGGGCAUUGGCUUGGUUCACAUGUGUCGCCCUUGUAAUAUACGGCUUCCUGUAG